UCUCUCGGGCUGAGCGUAAACGAAACCCAAUCAACAUCUUAUUAUCUCUUUCAAACCGCACUUAAAUGGGUACCAAUACCAUUUCUUGUGCCAGACUUUUUUACAGUCAUUACUUAGUUGUUGACUUCUUCACCUCCCAAAAAUCCCUAUUCUUAAAGAAUCAAACUUGCAGAGUCAAACCAUUCAGACCCUCCAUGUCAUCAGUGUUAUCGUCAAUGGCGAGUUCUUUCCAAGUCAAAGCAUCUUCAACCGCGGUGAAUGAGGAAGCGAAGGGUGCGUCGUCUGGUUUGGUGGGAGAGAAUGAUUUGCUUAUUGUUGGUCCCGGGGUUCUGGGCCGUUUAGUUGCUGAUAAAUGGAGGCAGGAACAUCCAGGAUGUCAAAUUUAUGGGCAGACGGUGACAGCGGAUCACCAUGAUGAAUUGAUCGAGAUGGGGAUUAAUCCAUCUUUGAAAGGGACUGAAGUGACUCAGAAGUUUCCCUAUGUGAUUUUUUGUGCUCCUCCAUCCCGAACUUCGGACUACCCUGGUGAUGUCAGGCUUGCUGCAUCGAGUUGGAAUGGUGAAGGCUCUUUCCUGUUUACAUCAAGCUCUGCACCAUAUGAUUGCUUUGACAAUGGAUCAUGUGAUGAGGACAGUCCAGUGGUGCCAAUUGGGAGGAGCCCUAGGACAGAUGUUCUUCUAAAAGCCGAGAAAGUGGUGCUAGAAUUUGGCGGUUGUGUCGUUAGAUUGGCUGGACUUUACAAGGCAGAUAGAGGUGCACAUGUCUAUUGGUUACAGAAGCAGACUGUUGAAGUUCGUCCAGAUCACAUCCUGAAUCUGAUACAUUAUGAGGAUGCAGCUUCCCUAUCAGUUGCAAUUUUGAAGAAAAAGUUUCGUGGCCGAAUUUUCUUGGGUUGUGAUAACCAUCCUUUAUCCAGGCAGGAAGUAAUGGAUUUGGUUUGUAAAAGUGGGAAAUUCAGUAAAAAGUUUGAGGGCUUUACAGGUACCAACGAUCCUUUAGGUAAGAGAUUAAACAACUCAAAAACUCGAGAGGAAAUAGGAUGGGAGCCAAAAUACCCCAGCUUUGCUCAAUUCCUUGGAUUUUCCGAGUAACUGUUGCAAUUAUCUUCAAUCUUCAGAAUGAAUCCAAUCAAAUCGGAAAGAAUUGGUUUAGCUGGUACUGAGAAUGCUUCACCAUGGAACUGACUGAUAUUUGCUUGUCUUAACUUCCUUCCCAUUUGGCGAAUUGACUUGUAAAUAAGAGUGAUACCAAGUUAAGAACAGUACCUUAUUCUAAUAAAAUAAAAUUUUCUAUUCUUUGUGGUCA